UUACACUUCAUCUGUGAAUCGGACACUCUUAGCACAGUAAUCAUACGCGACCUAAAGAAGUGGGAGAACCUCGACUGGAGAGGAAUUACUAACCGGGGAGCAUGGAAAGCUCUGGUGAAUGUACUACGACAGAGAUGUGCAACAACCACCUUCCGCAAGGCGAAAGACAAGAUCGAAUGGGACCUAAUCGAUAAAGGAAGAUCAGCAGCGAGAAGGCUGACAAGCGAGAACGCAAUACAGACGAUAGAACUGAAGACGAUCCAUCACUUCAACCUGUCCGGAGUGAAACUGUCGAGCCUAACACAACGCCUAGCCUAUAGGAUGAUAAGGAUCACUAAACACACACAACGCCCUGCUACACAACGAAACCUUACCGCGAUAGCAACCGGCAUAGACUCCCCUAACGGAAACACCGCUUCCGAAGCCGAUAUAUGGACCAGCCUGAACACAAAUGAGAUAAGGAAGUCUGUCUCUGACUUCCUAUGGAAAUGCAUACAUAACGCUCACCGUUGUGGGGAGUUCUGGAAGAAGAUCCCAGAAUACGAAGAACGUGCUAUCUGCACAUACUGUGACACAACAGAAACAUUAGAACACAUAAUGACGCAAUGUCAAGCCCCAGGCUGUAACACCAUUUGGAACCUGGCAGGAACAGUAUGGAUGAGUAAACAAGCAGAAUGGACGAGACCUAGCUAUGAGGAGAUAAUGGGCGUUGGCCUUAAGAAAUGGUACACCGCGAAGAUGAAGCGCCGACCGACGGCCGAACGGUUCUGGAGGAUACUGAUAUCCGAAUCAGCAUACCUGAUAUGGUGCCUGAGAUGUGAACGUACGAUAGGGCACUCAGACGAACCGGGGUGGACUCACUCGAAGAAAGAAAUAGCGGCCAGAUGGACCUCCAUGCUGAAUAAACGCCUACAGCUGGACAUGUCGAUGACACACAGGAGAUUCGGCAGACAAGCGCUACGAAAGGACAUAGUCAUAGGAACAUGGAGAGGUACACUGCAGGAUGAAUAUGCUCUACCAGACGACUGGACGGGCACUAAAGGGGUUUUAGUGGGU